GCUUUGCAUGGAAAAGGCUUUAGAGGGCGAUUCUCCCUUAAGGAAGAAACCACAACUUACAUAUUCCCAAUCAAAGGAUUUCUAUCCUUUCUACUAGCCUCUCCUUCACUAUUGUUGGUGAGAAGAAGGCUUGUCAAAGCCAAUUCCACGAGCUCCAAGCUAUGAUUGAGAAGGUAGAUUCUGAGCUAAAAUCUUUUGAAGAAAAUCUCCAACUGGAGAAGGAGGAGCAUGAGAAAACUAAUAGAUCCUUCGUCGAGUUGCUAACAACCAAGGAUGAGUUGCAAAGGAAGCUCUCUACUUCUGAUACCACUGCCAAAGAAUCUUUAAAAAGGGCUGAUAAGUCUGAAGAGGAGAACAAGGUCAUCUCCCUUAAGGUCACCAAGCUCUCUACUUCUUUGGAGCAAAAUGGGGCUGAGCUCACUGCCUUAAUAGAAUCCACCAAGAAGUCCGCUGUGGUGGAGUACAAAGAAUCUAGUGAUUUCAACAAGGAGGUCUUGGAAUAAAACAUGGUGGCUUGAGGACUUCAAAAAAUGUGAUAGGG